GAUUUAUGAGGAAAGUGAAAGUGAGGAUGAUGGUCUUGACAUGGGUGAUGAUGAUGAUGUUGAGGAACCUGAAAAUGAACCAAAGGCUAUUAGGAAAGAACCAACCAUUGAGAAACCUGCUCCUAUUUCAGCACCACCCAAAGAUGCUGAAAGGCAACUGUCAAAGAAGUAGCUUAAGAAAAAAGAAAUGGCAAAGCUGGAUGCACUUCUACAUGAAAUGGGCAUUGCAAAUAAAGAUAGUAAUACUGCAUAAAAUGAGACAGCUGACAAGAAGCAACUGGAGCAAAGUAGUGAAGGGGAGAAGAAAGAAAGUGUUGGUGCUCCUUCAGAGAACAAAAUCUUAAAGAAGAAGAAAUCCAAGAAAGAAAAAUCAUCAAAGGAACAGGAGGAGCAUGAUCAAAAUCAGGAGAAAGGAGACAUUGAAGCUGAAGUGGCAGAUGCAACUACAGUUGACGUAAAGGAAAGGAUAAAGAAGGUGGCCUCCAUGAGGAAGAAGAAAUCAAGCAA